AUGUCGACCAUUCAGUACCGUUUUCCUAAGGAUGCCUGGCAAGUAGGCGUUCUUAUUGCACUAUUUGCCUAUGUCGACAAUGCUGGGCCCAACUCGCUAGGUGCCCGCAUUCGUAACUCCAUUGGUGGUCACGCCACAAUGGAUACGAUUCGUAACCUGGCCAUUGCUGCUCACAUUGGUGAAGCUCUAGUAAUGCUCUUUGUGAACAUUCGUCGCAACUCCUCCCCUAAAGUGACGUUCAAGUGGGUAAUUACAACUUUGCUUUUUGGUGCUCCUUCGUGGGGUGCCUUCUCGAAGGUCAACAACGGUAUCUUUUAA